GAUUUUGUUCUCUCUCUCUCUGAGAAAUAAAAACCAGAAAGAACGACUUUAUAGUUUAUUAUACAAGUGAAAGCUAAAAAAGCAUUAAGCUGGAAAAUGUUGAGGCUCUUUUUCUUGCUAAUCUUUAUGCUGAAUUUCUCAGUGGGAGUCCCUAGCUCACGUGAAUUUAGUAGGGAUGACUUUCCACCUGGCUUUGUUUUUGGUUCAGGCACCUCAGCUUAUCAGGUGGAGGGAGCAGCAAACAAAGAUGGGAGGACUCCAAGCAUUUGGGAUACAUAUGCUCACGCUGGGAAAGCUCAUGGAGCAACUGGAGAUGUGGCAUGUGAUGGGUAUCAUAAAUAUAAGGAAGAUGUGCAACUCAUGGUGGACACAGGCCUUGAUGCCUAUAGAUUUUCCAUCUCAUGGUCAAGACUUAUCCCAAAUGGAAGAGGGCCCAUCAAUCCAAAGGGUUUACAAUAUUACAACAAUCUCAUCAAUGAACUAGUCAACCAUGGGAUCCAACCACAUGUUACAUUAAACAAUUAUGAUCUUCCUCAGGCACUUGAAGAUGAGUAUGGAGGAUGGGUUAGUCGAAAGAUAGUGGGAGACUUCACAGAAUAUGCAGAGGUUUGCUUCAGAGAAUUUGGAGAUAGGGUUUCUUACUGGACUACCAUUAAUGAGCCCAAUGUGUUCGUCACAGGAGGUUAUGACUUAGGAUUUGUGCCACCUCAGCGAUGUUCUCCUCCAUUUGGAUAUUGCUCUAGAGGUAACUCUUCAACUGAGCCAUACAUGGCAGCUCAUCAUAUCUUGUUGGCACAUGCUUCAGCUGCAAGAUUGUACCAGAAGAAGUACAAGGAAAAACACCAUGGAUUUAUAGGUCUCAGCAUUUAUAUGUGGGGGUUUGUUCCUCUGACGGACACAAAAGAAGAUGCAAUUGCAACCCAAAGGGCCAUUGCAUUCCAAUAUGGCUGGUUUCUAGAUCCCUUGGUUUUUGGAGACUAUCCCAAUAUAAUGAAGCAAAAUGUGGGGGCUAGAAUGCCAGUCUUCACAGAUCAUGAAUCCAAACAGGUAAAGGGUUCAUUUGACUUCAUAGGGAUAGUACAUUACAACAAUAUGUAUGUCAAAGACAACUCCAACAGUCUGAAGAUGGCAUAUAGAGACUUCCUCAUGGAUGCAGCAAUAGAGCUAAUCCAAAUUCAGGAUAGCCCAUCAGCAUUUGAGUUACCUAUUAUGCCCUGGUAUCUGCAAGCAGUGCUGGAAUUUUUCAAGCAAGUUUAUGGAAACCCUCCUAUCUACAUUUAUGAAAAUGGUCAGCGGAUGCAAAGAAAUUCAACAUUGGACGACAUUGCAAGGGUGAAUUUUAUGCAUGCAUACAUUGGAGGUGUGCUUGAUGCAUUGAGGAAUGGAUCAAACACAAGAGGGUACUUCGUAUGGGCUUUCCUGGAUGUAUUUGAGUUAUUGGAUGGCUAUGGAUCAAGCUAUGGCAUAAACUAUGUGGAUUUAGAUGACCCGGAUUUGAAAAGAUAUCCCAAGCUUUCUGCAAAAUGGUACUCCAAGUUUUUGAAGGGAAGAAGCAUCAACUUAGAUGAUGUAGUUAUUGAACUUGAGAAGAAUACAUCAUCUCUCUCUCAUUCUCACUUUCAGUAGGCUCUGUUCGUAUUAUGGAAUAGUUGUAAAAAAGAACUUUAGGGUGUGUUUGGAUACCGUUUAUUUUGUUGAAAUUGAAAAUUUAUUGUUGAACGUAC